AUGAAAGGCGACAAAAAAAAAAAUUUCUCCCUUGUUUUUCUUCUCCUAUUGUCAAUUUCUUGUUGUUCGCGUAGCCUUUUUUUUUCUCGUUCCACAUUUUUCGAUUACUCGCUCCUUUCUUCUCUCUCCUCUCCCGUUGUUCUCCUCUCUUCCUUCUUCCUCGCCCCCCCUAAAAGUUUAUCAAAUAAAUUUUUUUUUUCUUUUCUUCAAAACUCUGAUCAUUCGCUCUGUCCACCAGCCUCCCCCCGAUUUUCUCACCAGAUUUUAUUUUUCCAACAAACUUUUUUGUUGUCACCACUUUUUUCUUCCGCCCACUUCUACUACCAUAACUACAACCAAUCCUUUGGUACCAGAACACACCCAAUACACCCUCAGUCCUUUGACACGACACACAUAUAA